AUGACAAACAAAACACUAGUAAUCGUCAAUGCUACAGGCCGACAAGCUGCUUCCCUUGCUCGUGUCGCCUCGGCAGUAGGGUAUCAGGUCAGAGCCCAUGUUAGUCAGAAGACCACCCCCGUGGGCCAAGAGCUUGAAGCCCUCCAAAAUGUUAUCCUCAUCCAAGGCUCCCUCGAAGACAAAGAGCUCGUAGCAGACCUCUUCGCAGGUGCUCGCAAGGCAUUCAUCAAUACCAUCUCAUGGGGCGACGAGGUGGCCAUCGGCAAAUCGCUGGCCGAUGCGGCCAAGAAAGCUCAUGUCCAGCAAUACGUCUACAGCAGCAUGCCUGAUCAUAGUGUCUUCGGGAAGGGUUGGCCAGCGGUGCCAUUAUGGAGCUGUAAAUUUACGGUCGAGAAUUACAUACGGCAGAUCGGUCUCCCUGCUACCUUUGUCUACACAGGCAUCUAUAAUAAUAACUUCACUAGCCUCCCCAUGCCUCUGUUCCGCAUGGCUUUACAACCUGACGGUAGUUUCGAGUGGAAGGCACCAUUUGAUCCCCACAUAGCCAUCCCUUGGUUCGACGCAGAGCAUGACACUGGUCCUGCGGUCCUUCAGAUACUCAAGGACGGGCCGCAGAAAUGGUCCGGACAUCGCAUCGCCUUAGCAUUCGAGCUUCUCACUCCCACUCGUGUAUGUCGCCUCUUUUCUUGUGCCUUACGCCGCCCAGUCCGCUACGUCUACGGUCAGACCAUCGAUAUCGAAGUCAGCGUUCCAAACGGCUACAGAGAACAACUCCUAGCAUUAGAGGUGUUGUUUGGAAAAUACAAAGCUCCGUAUUUUGGCAUGGACCUGGAAAGGGGCGUUUCAAGGGAAGUAAAUGAUGCCAAUGGCUGGAACGGAGACGGUAGCGGUGGCGAUAGUGGGAAAGGCACUGCAGUCGAAGAAGCAAGAGCAUUGUGGCCCGGUUGGAGAGGGAUCGAAGAAUAUGCCCGGGAGGUGUUUCCGUUAGAGGAAGCUGCUCACGGGCUAACCUGGAUGAACGAAGAGACAUGA